AUAUACAUUUCUGUCAUCCUCACCACAUGAGGGAAGAGGAAGUUAAUUACAAAUCUGUCAUGCUUUCAUUUGUUGCUUUGCUGAUCUUCAACAAAGACACCCUGAUGCAAGUGCUAAUAACCUUGCAUGAUGAUCGUAAUUUCACUGAAACUUCUUUUAACGAUGUGUUUUGGCUGCUUAGCUACAGGUCACAAUAAUUUAACAGUCAUCCAAACACCGACGAAAGUACAUCUGUCAGUUGGAGACUACACUGAAAUUGCCUGUAUUUGGGAAAAAUCAAUUGAGAGGUAUAGAGUAAGCUGGUAUCUUGUUGACAAAGAGAACAUCACCAAAACUCUAUCAUCAAAAAUUUUCUAUGUAUCCAACAUCACCCGUGAAAGCAAGGAUGUGCUAAUGAUAAAAUCUGCCAAUGUGAAUGACACUGGAUUUUACUACUGUCAGAUAAUUAUUGAAAUACCUUUUUGUAAGAAAGUGUAUGGAAAUGGGACAACAGUGAUUGUUGACGAGAAAGUCAAUCAGCAAAACGACUCAUUGAAAGGAGAUUUGGCAACAUGGGCCAUCAUUCCUUUUGUAGUAGCAGUGGGAAGCUUGUAUCUUUGCUACAAAAAGAAACAGCGCUCAAAACUUUCUGGUUCUGCACAGGUUCCUGCGCCAGCGGCAAGGCGUCAGGACGCACGGAUGCUCAAGGUUGUAGAACAUCAAGGGAGAAAUGAAUGCACCAAUGAAGCAGCUGAGGAAAACUCAUCAUGUAAUUCUGCUGAAUGGGCUGUGUCUACACUUUAUGAAUCACUUGACCCUUUUUGGCAAUGAACGAAGGGGGAAAGAUGACAAAUCCACUGCAACUAUUGUAUCCAAUGGAGCAGAUGAGCAAACUCCACAGACUAGGACAACUGCAAAGUCUAGAACGGGACGAGGAUCUGCCGUCUACUUGUCCUUUUAGUUCUGAAUGUCAAACGUCAUAAACAAAAUAUGGCUAAAUAACUAUAAACCUGAAAACAAUACGAUAAUUUGCUGCUGAAAGAUGGAUUAUGUGAGUUUCCAGUCAGAAGUAUGUCAGCGGGACAAUACACAAGAAAAAAGGUUGGUUUCAAGCAGCUGUUGAAUGUUUUGUCUGUAACAAAACACUGUAAGGAGUCCAUGGAUUGGGAGGGUAUGUCGUUUUAGAUGACUGUCUUCAACUCUUCCCCCCAUAUCCAGAAAUAAUAGAAGAUGUUUUAUCAUACUUUGAAAAAUCUUCUGGACUGAACAACAUUCUCCAGCGAAAGCAUUUCUUCAGGUAGCCCAUGCAUAAAUAGCAGAAGGUACAGAAAAAAUGUACAUGGUGGUAAUAAUCAUUUGACCAAACAGACAGUACUACACACAGCGUGGAGCCUGAUCGCUGAAACCAUCGUCAGUGCUAUCCACAUCAUAGCCAGAGUGGUAUGCCACGAAGGAUUAUGAUCCUGUGGAAAGGGACUGUUAGCAUUAAUUCAUUCACACACUUGGAAAAUCUUCCAGAGAAAGUAGUCUCCUAUGCACAAUGAAAUACUAGGUUUAAAUUAAGCAAUAUAUAUUAUUAUUAUGUAGAAUUAUUGUCUAACUGGUGGAGGAGGGGUUGCUUGGAGGAGAUGGGAGUGGGGUUUUUUGGUGUUGGUUUUUUGUUUUGUUUUGUUUUGUUUUUUGCCAGCUCUAAAACUUUUUAAAAAAUCAAAACUGAAGAAAAAUCAGAACUGAAAAUAUAAGGAAAACCUGGCUUCCAAGGUCUGAACAGAGGUGAAGAGUAUUGACAGCAAAGCUGAUGGCAGUUGUCCCAGGGCUGCUGAAUACUAAAAGCAGCUAUCUGAAAUGUGAAUGUGUUUAUGUACCAGGGUUAUUUCGCCUUGUUAUUUUUUUCAGAGCUAAGCUGGAGGUUAGAUCAUCUUGCCAGCACUGCAGGGAGAAACGACUUCACUGCUGGAGAGGUUUGUUAGAGCUUGUACCUGGGCAGUGCCAAAGGUGCAGAACAGUUUUCCCAGGGACCUUAAGAACAGUUUGUGUGGUCUAAAUGUGAAUGGCUUGCUACUCAGUAUGCUGUAAUGAAAUCUUUGUGGCCAUACAGCAUGGUUCAUGGUCUGGCUCUCUGUGCUAUAGUGACUGCAGUUCACCAAGCUACCUCUCAAAUUGCCAUAGCUCGGCCAUGGCUCACUCUUUGGUGUGCAUCCUCUUUCCUGGGUUGUUCUGCAACCUGCCCUGAAUGCCCUUCUGCAGUGACUAUACUGCUGUCCAAAAUAUGCUAUAAUCACUGCACUGUGAAUAUACCUUGUAUGAAAGAAACUAUUUGUUAUGGUACAUCUCAUGGUAUUUACGUAUAAAUUGAAUAAAGCAAGAAGAUUUUCUUUUCUUC